CUCGUAGUUCAUCAAUUUUAAACUUGUUUUGUGAACAGUAAGUCUCAAAAGAAGUUGUUUCGCGUAAAAGGAAAAAAGUUAAUAUAUUAAAAAAUUUAAUAAAGUGUUUUGUAGGCAUAUCUCUGUUGUCGAGCACGGCAUUGCCGAUCAUGAUAUCAUAUCUCCGAUAUCAAUUAUGCGUUCAGCCGAGCAGCGUGAAUCCCGAAGCUGUGAUUGGCUCCGCGGGAUCAUAUGAUUGGUUCUGAUUCGUUAUUGUCGUUGUGCUCUCACGGCAAAACGCCAAAUUUGACACAUGGUUCGUCAGUUCUGCCGGAGCAGCUUGCGAGCAUUCUGACUGGUAGCCGAGGGGUAGGGACGCGCAGCAAGUGUCUUGCACCAUUGAUAUACUCCAGUCAAUUAUUACCUGUCGCGGCAUGGCAUCGAGCACGGCGACGAGACCGCGCGACAAGGUCCUCACCGAAGACAAUGUCUUCGAGAACCUGCGAAAGAUGGAAUUUGUGGUGCGCGGACCAUUGCACGUUCGAGCGCAAGAGAUUGAGAAGGAAUUGCAGAAGGGUAACAAAAAACCUUUUAAUGAGGUGAUCACAGCAAACAUGGGCGAUGCCCACGCGAUGGGUCAGCAGCCCAUCACGUUCCUGCGGCAAGUGCUCACGCUGACGGUCUCGCCACAUUUGUUAGACGAUCCAAGUUAUCCGGAGGAUGCGAAGGAACGUGCACGGUACGUUCUAAGGGGUUGCGAGGGCGGUAGUAUAGGCUCAUAUUCACAGUUGGCCGGCAUUGACUGCAUUCGCAAACAUAUUGCGCAAUACAUUGAAGAACGGGACGGCGGUAUCUCUUGCAACUACCACAACAUCAUUAUCUCGAAUGGCGCUUCUGAGGGUAUUAAAUCAAUCUUGAAGUUAUUUAACGAAAGGAUUAACAACAAACCUUCUGGCGUGUUAAUCCCCAUUCCGGAGUAUCCUCUGUACUCAGCGACUUUGGCAGAGUUCGGUCUUGCUCAGAUUGGAUACUAUCUAGACGAGGACAACAAGUGGUCACUGAAGAUCAACGAGCUGGAACGAGCACUGGAAGAGGUCAAAGAAGCGUGCAAUCCUCGUGUGCUGGUGGUGAUCAAUCCCGGUAAUCCAACCGGUCAAGUCUUGACUCGCAAGAACAUCGAAAACGUCAUCCGUUUCGCCCAUAAGCAUCACCUGUUCCUGCUGGCCGAUGAAGUCUAUCAGGACAAUAUAUAUGACAAAGACAGCGCGUUCUACUCUUUCAAGAAGGUCAUGACAGAGAUGGGCGAACCGUACUCAAAGAUGGAACUCGCAUCGUUCAUGUCCAUCUCGAAAGGAUACAUGGGCGAGUGCGGGAGUCGUAGUGGUUACACCGAGGUCAUCAACAUGGAUCCGGAAGUGAUAAAAGUGCUGUUGAAAUCAAAAUUGUGCCCUAACGUUCCCGGUCAGGUGGUGAUGAAUGUCAUGGUGAAUCCUCCGCGGCCGAACGAGCCGUCAUACGAGCAAUUUCAAAAGGAAAAGAAGGAAACGCUGCGUUCUCUAGCAGAGAGAUCGCAGUUCAUCGUUGACACGCUCAAUAGUAUUCCAGGAUAUAAAGCAAAUCCGCCAAUGGGUGCAAUGUAUGUGUUUCCGCGCAUCGAGCUGCCAUUAAAAGCAAUCGAAAAGGCGCGAGUGCAAGGUCAGGAACCGGAUGUCUUUUAUGCGUUCAAGCUGUUGGAAAGCACCGGGAUCUGCGUGAUCCCGGGUUCAGGUUUUGGUCAGAUACCCGGCACGUACCACUUCCGGAUUACGAUACUGCCUCAAAAAGAAAAAAUCAAAACAAUGCUCCAAGCACUAAAGCAAUUUCAUCUAAAGUUCCUUAAGGAAUACAGUUAA